AUGAAGUCCUGUGCGCUUUCUUUUUUUCGUUUAUUCUGCGUUUUUUUUCUCAACAAUCCAUUGCUCAAGUCGACUGGACUGUACUGCACGAGCAGCAUCAUCCCUCACACAGGCAAAUUUGAAAACACGAUGGGCAGAGUCCACGAGAUCAUUGUCGAGAACUUCAAGUCGUACCAGGGCAAGGUGAAAAUCGGACCUUUCAGGAAGUUCACUUGCAUCAUCGGGCCCAACGGCGCUGGCAAGUCGAAUCUCAUGGAUGCCAUCAGUUUUGUACUUGGCGUGCAGGCGCGGCAGCUCCGGGGAGAACGUGCACGUGACUUGGUCUACCGCACAGAGAAAGAGGAUCCAAAAAAGAAUCAGCGUACCGCAUAUGUGGAGCUUACCUACGUGGAUGACCAAGCUGACGGCGAGCAGGUACUCGUGUUCCGUCGCACCAUUUCUCGCACUGGCGAAGCAAAGUUCCAGGUCAACAAUGCUACGGUCUCUCAAGCAGAGUACCAAAAGCGAUUGGAAGGAAUCAACAUUCUGUCCAAGGUGAGGAACUUCUUGGUGUUCCAAGGAGACGUGGAAGCGACUGCACAACGCCAGGGCAAGGAGCUGACAGCUUUCUUCGAGCAAAUAUCUGGAUCAGAGGCAUUCCGUCAGGAAUAUGAAAGCCUAUCUGCGGACAAGACGAAGCUUGAAGAACAAGCCAGAUACUUGUUUGCAAAGAAGCGCAACGCCAUGAACGAGCGCAAGCGAAUUUCACAUCAAAAGGAAGAGGCUGAUGAGUACAGGCAUCUCAAGACGGUCAGACAGGACAUGCAGCGGGAGUACACACUGUUUCGAUUGCAUGGCGUUUUCUCUCUGCUAGAGUGUGCCUCCAACGCUCGCUCUGUGGCUGUGAAGGAUUGCGAGGAAGUUCGUGAGCACAUGGAAGCCGAGAAAGGACAGGUGGAGGCAGCGGAUCGCCAAAGAGCCAAAGCACAUCUUGCGACACAGCAGGUUGAAAAGCAGAUGGCUGCAGUGAAGGCAAAGUUUGAGCGCCUCCAUCCUGAGCGCGUCACCAUCAAGAGCAGACUUUCCUUUCUGGAGCAGAGGCUGGAGGAACUCUCUCAUUCUGCAGAACAAGACGGACAGAGGCGCAACAAGCUCCAAGAACAGCUCGCAGCUAUCAGGGGAGAAGAAGCACGGCUGGAGUCUCAGCAAGAGACCUUGAAGAAAGGCUUGGCAGAUCGCGCCGUCACUUUCACACCCGACCAGCUUCAGGAGUUUGAACGCGUCAAGCAAGAAACCGAGAAGAUCACCGCGGCAAGUGGAGAUGCUUUGCGCCAGCUGGACCAUCAGAUCAAGGUUGUCCGUCAAGAACGAAUUCAAGCUGAAGGUGAUGUGCGAGAUGCCACUGCACGCCAGAGUCACCUCCGAAAGCGUUUGCAAGAGCUCAGUGAGGCAGAGAGUGGCGCCGGUGCCGCAGUGAAGCGUGGUGCAGCAUUGAAGGACAAGCGUUCGGAACAACUCGUCCAGAUGCGUAGUUCGGUACAGAGCCGUGGAGAGGAAAAGCAACAACUGCAGCAAGAACGACAACAGCUUCUCGAUGUGCUCCAAGAGUUCACAGCCACAGAACAGCAAUUGGAACGAGAACGUGAAGUUGCACAGACUUGCGCAAGCUUGGCAGAGGCUUGCCCUGGUGUCUACGGCCGAGUAGUAGACCUCUGCAAGCCUUCUCAGAAGCGCUUGCAUGUGGGAGUGAAUGUGGCUUUGGCCAAGUUUCUUGAUGCGAUUAUCGUCGAAUCCAGUGAAGCUGCUCGAGCAUGCGUGCGUUACCUCAAAGAGAGGAUGCUGCCUCCGAUGACUUUCCUACCAAUGGCAGACCUGCGAGUUUCAGCCCUUGAUCCACGAUUGCAGAAUCUUAUUCAGAGUCAGCGAGGACUUCGCUCUGGACUCAACUGUGUGUCCUAUGAUGAGAAAUACGCAAAAGCUUUCAAUUUUCUUCUCGGAGAUGUCGUGGUUGCUGACACCAUGGCUGAUGGCCGACGGUUGGCAUUUGAAGAGUCUCGCAAGCUAGGUGUCACCUGCAAGGUGGUGACAAUUGUGGGAGAAGCCAUUGCAAAGAACGGCAAUCUCUCUGUGAACUCUGAAGCCACUCAAGCUGGUGCAACGCGAUUCGACUUGUCUGAGUUGGAGGCAACCAAAGCCCGUAUGGAUGGGAUUGAUCGACGACUUCACGAGAUUCAUUCCCUUGACUCUGCGGGCGGAGCAGACAUGGCGGCUCUGGAGUUGGACAUGCGACGCAUCGAAGGGAGGGCACAGGAAAAUGCAUUGCAACUGCAGCAGUGUCAAGAGGAGCUUCGCCAGAAAGCUUCAGAGCUUGAAACUGUUGAUGCCACCCUUGCAAGUGUGCAACCUGAAGCGCAACGUUUGGCUGUGGAAGAGGCCCGUCUUCGGGAGGAGCAACGGACAUUGGAGGCGAGAGUCAGCGAAGCUGUGGCCGGCCACUUCGCACACUUGAGCGCUGCAAUGGGAGUUGAAGACGUCAGGAAGAUGGAACGUGAGUUUCGUCGAGAGAAAGAAGCUGUAGAGCAGCAAACCAAUGAGUUGAACAAGCGACUUCGCAACCUCAAGGCUGAAAUCCAAAUGCUGGAGCAGACCCUGGAAGAACAGAGAACCAAAGACCCAAAACAGCUGGAAGCAAAGUUUUCCAAGGAGGUACAAGAGCUCCAGAUCAAGGAGAGGGAUUUGGCAAAACAAGCAGAAUCUCUCAACAACAAGGUCACAGACUUUGAGCAGCAACUGGUGAAGAGCCACGAAGCCGAACGUGAAAACGACAAGGUCUUGUCAACCUUGCGACAGCAAGGGAAAGAGACGCGCCAGCAGCUCAUGGCAGCCGAGAAGAAGGUCAGCGAUUUGGGAUCAGAACAGCAGGCGCUGCUGAGCAGCCAAUCCAGUAUUCUUCGACAAAGCUUUUUGGAGGGAAUCGAGGUGCCUCUGCUGCGUGGCGGGCAUGAAGCACUCAGAGAAAUGGCAGAGGAAAGCCAGUCAGCUUCUGCACCUACGCAGAGAUCUCCAGCUGACACCAGCGAAAUUUUGGUGGACUUUUCCCUGUUGCCCGAGGAGAAGCAGGCAGCUUCCCAUGGGGCUGCAGCACAGAUGCUAGAGGCAGAGUACAAGAGCGAAUUGGAACGGCUUCGAGUCGAGCUGGAACGUCUUAGUCCCAACCUCAAAGCCGUAGACCAGCUGCAGGGUGUCGCAGAAAAUGUUCAGGCUGCUUCUCAUGAAGCAGACGCUGCUCGCAAAAGCAUCGAGGAGAUUGACGGCAAGUUUGAAGCUGUGCGAAAGGCACGCAAGGAGAAGUUCAUGGAGUGCUUUCAGAAGGUCUCCGACGCCAUUGGGCCUGUCUACCGACGCCUUACAGCACAGGGUGGAGAUGGUGGUUCUGCCUACCUGGACCUGGAGGACGCUGAAAAUCCCUUCAACGGAGGUGUCAAGUUCACCGCGAUGCCUCCGGCCAAGCGCUUUCGCGACAUGCACCUCCUCUCUGGCGGCGAGAAAACGCUGGCGGCUAUGGCUUUGCUUUUUGCAGUGCAAGCUUUUCAGCAGCCGCCAUUCAUGGUGUUGGAUGAGGUAGAUGCAGCCCUGGAUGCCAACAAUGUCCGAGCUCUAUCGAGGUAUGUGGAGCAGGCUGACUGCCAGACCAUCGUGAUUUCCUUGAAGGAUCGUUUCUUCAUUCGGGCAGAAGCGUUGGUUGGAGUGUGGAAGAACAAACCACAGGAGACCUCUGCUAUUCUGACAUUGGAUUUGACUAGAUACAUUGCGUCAGCCUGAAUGGAGAACUGAUCUUUUUCCCUGAAUCGAAUUCCAGGUGCUGCUAUGUUGGCGGACUGCAGAAGCAAUGG